UGUGCGCCGUGCAGUGCCAGCAGUUCCUCAUCUCCAAGGUGGGUGAGGACUGGAUCUUCCUCAUCCUCCUGGGGCUGGUCAUGGCACUGGUGAGCUGGGCCAUGGACUUCGCCAUCGCUACCUGCCUGCAAGCCCAGAAGUGGAUGUACGGGGGUCUGGACACCAACGUACUGCUGCAGUACCUGGCCUGGGUCACCUACCCCACCGUGCUCAUCACCUUCUCAGCCGGCUUCACACAGAUCCUGGCGCCCCAGGCUGUGGGCUCGGGGAUCCCCGAGAUGAAGACCAUCCUGCGGGGCGUCGUGCUGAAGGAGUACCUCACCUUCAAGACCUUUGUGGCCAAGGUGAUCGGGCUGACGUGCGCCCUGGGCAGCGGCAUGCCCCUGGGCAAGGAGGGCCCCUUCGUCCACAUCGCCAGCAUGUGCGCGGCGCUGAUCAGCCGCUUCCUCUCCCUCUUCGGCGGCAUCUACGAGAACGAGGCGAGGAAAAUCGAGAUGCUGGCGGCUGCCUGCGCCGUCGGGGUUGGCUGCUGCUUUGCUGCCCCCAUCGGAGCUGGGGAACUGGCCGUGCGCUUGGGCAAGGAGCCCCGGGAAGCCCUUCGCCGCCAGCCUGCGUGCCCGUGGGGCCAGCCAGUCCCCGGCGCUCACAGCGUGCCCGUGCCCAGGAUCGCCAGUGGCUUUGGGGGCGCACUCUUUGUCUACCUCAACCGCAAGAUCGUGCAGUUCAUGCGCCGCCAGAAGACCAUCAACCGCUUCCUCAUGAAGAAGCGCCUGCUCUUCCCUGCCCUGGUGACGCUGGUCAUCUCCACACUGACCUUCCCACCUGGCUUCGGACAGUUCAUGGCUGGCCAGCUCACCCAGAAGGACACCCUGGUGACACUCUUUGACAAUCAGACGUGGGCAAAGCAGGGCCUGAGCGAGGAGUACCUGGGCAUCUUGGAGGCCUGGCACCACCCUCGCUCCAAUGUCUUCAUCACCCUCACCGUCUUCAUCCUCAUGAAGUUCUGGAUGUCAGCCCUGGCCACCACCAUCCCCGUGCCCUGCGGAGCUUUCAUGCCCGUCUUCGUCAUCGGGGCAGCCUUCGGGCGCCUGGUGGGCGAGAGCAUGGCCGCCUGGUUCCCUGAUGGCAUCCACACGGACAGCACGGCCCAUCGCAUCGUGCCCGGGGGCUACGCCGUGGUGGGGGCGGCCGCGCUGUCAGGCGCCGUCACCCACACGGUGUCCACGGCCGUCAUCGUCUUCGAGCUGACGGGGCAGAUCUCCCACAUCCUGCCCGUCAUGAUCGCGGUGAUCCUGGCCAACACGGUGGCCCAGAGCCUCCAGCCCUCGCUCUACGACAGCAUCAUCCGCAUCAAGAAGCUGCCCUACCUCCCCGAGCUGGGCUGGGGGCACCACGAGAAAUACAACGUGCGGGUGGAGGAUAUCAUGGUGCGGGACAUCCCCUACGUCACCCUCAACUGCAAGUACCGGGACCUGCAGCACGUCCUGCAGAGCACCAAGAUGAAGAGCCUGGCACUGGUGGAGUCGGCUGAGUCCAUGAUCCUGCUGGGCUCCAUCGAGCGGACGCAGGUGGUGGCCCUGCUCAGCCACCAGCUCAGCCCCGAGCGACGGCUCCAGGCCCUGCGGCAGAAGGCACUGGAGGAGCAGGAGGGGGGCGCCGAGGGAGGCCACCGGCUCUCGCUCCCGGCGCGUCCCGUCCCGCAGAUCAGCACCGAGGCCUCAUCCUUCGCGCCCACGCGCAGCGGCUCCCGCAAGCCCCUGAAGCCAGCGCUCAAGCGGGUGCCCAGCAGCCUGGCAGAGGGCACCCAGGCGGGCACCACUGACCACAGCGGCAUCGCUCUCAAGAGCCUCUUCUGUGCCAACGCGUCCACGGAGCCUGCCGAGGCCCAGGGCACGGCCCAGCGCAAGACCAAGCACGUCCGCAUUUCCCUCUCGGAGGAUGUGGACCUGGGUGACAAGAUGACGCCAUCAGAGGUGCUGGAGUGGGAGGAGCAGCAGCUGGACCAGCCCGUGGACUUCAGCAACGCCAAGAUCGACCCGGCGCCCUUCCAGCUGGUGGAGCACACGUCGCUGCACAAGUGGGGCAGGGUGCAGCAGGGUCUGCUGCCCCACACCGAGCACGACCCGCAGUUACCCCAGGCCUAG